UGCAGCGAUCUAUUUGAAAGGAGGCCUCAAUUAUUGUAUUCCUCGGCCAAAACACAGAUCCCUUCACAAACUUCAGCUUGACUGUCCAAUUUCUGAUUUGGUUAAAGCUACUGUUCGAUUCCUUAUAAAACCCUUGGACGAGGAGAGAGCUCUCUUCGCAUGGACGGGAAAGCGCCCUGCACAGUUCCCACUACUUCAAUAGCCAUAUCAGUCAACUGGGAACCCAAUAAUACAAGAGCAUCAUCUUGCGUGUCACUGGCCGGUCACAAUGUCCGCACCAACACGAGACGCCCUACACUUCCCCCCAUCCUCUCGACAGCCCAUAGAGCCCUACCUUCCAUCGUCAAACCUCUCCGCGUCUCAAAUCAGGCCAUUCACAACCCUGACCUACGCUACCUCCCUCGACCACGCUCUGUCACUCUCGCCCGGCGUUCAGACCGCGCUUUCAGGUCCCGAAUCUAAAGCUAUGACGCACUACCUGCGCUCUAAGCAUGACGCCAUCCUCAUCGGUGCUGGCACUGCUAUUGCCGACAAUCCGAGUUUGAACUGCCGAAUCGAGGGCGUCGGCGGGUAUGGUGGGAACGGGUUGGAGGGGCAACCAAGGCCCGUGGUGAUUGAUCCCAGAGGACGGUGGAAUGUCAGCGAGGAGAGUAAGAUUGUGAGGUUGGCGGCGGAGGGACGAGGAAGAGGGCCGUGGGUUAUUAUGCGCGAAGACGUCGAUUCGUCUAUCAGAGAAGCGAGGGAGAAGGCGUUGAACACAGUCGGUGGGAGGGUGCUUACUCUACCAUCCACCUGCUCAAGCCUCGACUGGCGGGAGAUCCUCCGACUGCUAGCGAGGGAAGGCGUGAGAAGUGUUAUGAUCGAGGGCGGCGGCGUGGUCAUCAAUGACCUGCUGGGCCCACGCUAUUUCUCUCUCAUCGACUCAGUCAUCGUAACGAUCGCACCGACGUGGUUAGGCAAAGGUAGCUUGCAAGUGUGUCCGGAUGAGCGAGUGGAUGAACAAGGGAGGAAGGUCGCUGUGGGGAGGCUGAAGGAUUUGCGGUGGGUACCGCUGGGCGAGGACGUGGUGCUUUGCGGACGGCCCGAGAUAGGGUGACGCAGUCCUGCUGUGUAGUUAGUGCAGAGAGCGCUAACUCAUCACUGCUGAAAAGGCUGAUGAUCGCGCCGGCAUCAUCUUCGAAAGUC